UUGAGAUUGUUGUAAACUCAAGUUCAGUGGUUGUUUUUGCAUGCCGUCGUUGCUGUCACGCUGUGUACGUACGUUCGUUUUCACUCCAUACCAUUCGGUUUGCGGUUCCAUUCAGAUUAUUGCGUGGAUUUCUAAAUUUCUAUUUGGUUAAUAAACUUGUGUUUUGCUGGACCACCGAGAUUGAGCAUCCAUAAACCCACAAAGCAAAAAGAAAAACAAAUUCCCACUGCCUGUAAAUUUUUAUUGGCGAACGAAUUGCUGUUGUGCUCUAAUCUAAGUCUGACCUUAGUGUUUUAUAAUCAGAUUAAAUUUUGAAACUUAGUUACUAUCAUGUCGCAAAAAAAGGCUGCCGGUCUAGUUGGAAAGUUAGCAGAAAAUCUCAAAAGUAAGGAAUUUCGGGAGUAUUUGUUAAGCACACACUUUUGGGGACCAGUAGCCAAUUGGGGUAUUCCCAUAGCUGCUUUGGCCGAUAUUAAUAAGGAUCCUAAAAUUAUAUCGGGACGCAUGACAUUGGCUCUUACUCUCUACUCAUGCUGCUUUAUGCGUUUCGCCUGGAAAGUUCAACCUCGCAAUUUACUACUACUGGCGUGUCAUGUGACAAAUGCUACUGCACAAUCAAUACAGGGUGUUCGCUUCAUCAAAUACAACUAUAUGACAAAGCAGGAUGAGAAGACUGUUGCCGCUGCCUAAGCAAACAAAUCAGAAGCCAAACGAAAAAAAUUAUGAUUUAACAAAACAAAGUGUACAAAAUAUGUUAUAAUGUUAAGAAAGGGCAGGACUACUGCAUCCUUCGUAUAUUUACAUAUAGGAUGUGGAAGGAAACGUGAAUGCAGCUCCUUAUACUCUUGGAUUAAAUCAUUCUUAGGGCACACACACACAUCUGAUAAAACUUUAGUCUUUGAGACUUAUUUGCACUUUUAAACAUACAAUUUAAUAUCUACGAUAUUAUUGAAAACAUCACACUAGAAACUAUCAAAAUUCCCAUAGUUAAUAGACGAAAAUAAAACUGAUCUACUGACAAAUGCUGAGUGUUAUUUAUUAUUGACAUAGUGUAUCUAUUAUUUGUACAAAAGUGAUCAAAUUGCUUUAAUUAAUAUGCACACAAUGUAAAUAUAAAUGUUGGUAAAUUGCAAAAUAUGUUCCAUAAUAAAACGCAACAAUGGCAAAAUAUUGCUGGAAAUAUUGUAAUGCGGAAUGCAUGAAUCGUGCUACAAUUUUACAUACAAACAUACACAUAUUACUAAGUAGAAUUUUCAUAGUUAAAAGCAACAAUUGUAUAUGUUUAAAAUAAAAUCGCACAUUUGAAUACACAUACAACAAGUCAAACUAGUCUUAUAUAACAAUAUUAGAUAAAUUUACAUAAAGCCAGCGAAAAUGUUGUGUUUUACUCUAUGGUGCCAUUUCAAAUAUAAACACAAAACCAUGAUAUUUACAUAUCAUGUGUCUGAAAAAUGUAA